CAGUCUAACCUACGUGCAAGUGAUGACAAUGUACUUAGCAGUGUUAGUCGUCUGUGGGUUGGCCGUGGUCGCGGCCGACGACCAGUACACGACAAAGUAUGACGACGUCGACCUGGACAACGUGCUGAGGAACAACCGUCUGCUGAGGAACUACCACAACUGCAUCAUGGACAAGGGGCCGUGCACGCCCGACGCACAGGAACUGAAGAAAAACCUUCCCGAGGCUCUGGACAGCGAGUGCGCAAAGUGUUCAGAAAAACAGAAACAAGGGGCUGAGAAGGUGCUGAAGUUUUUGUACGAGAAGAAACCACAGAUGUUUAAGGAGCUGGAGAGCAAAUUCGACCCCGACGGCAAAUACAGAGCAAAGUACAAGAAGAGAAUCGAAGCGGCUGGAGUAAGAGUGUAAAUUGUAUAUGCAAAAGUUGUAAAUAAAACCAAUAAUUGACUGUGUUUUAAUCCGUUGAUAA